AACAUUGUAACCAGCCACUGGGAGUGAACCCUGGUUUCCACUCCGCACUGAUACAAUCUCUCCUUCUACUGCUGGACAGCUCUUUGUUGUUCCCUUCGCUUCUCUUUCCUCGGACGCAAUCUCGAACUAACAAGAUGUAGCGGAUUAUUGCAAAGAUUUUCUUUUUAUUUGGGAUGUGUGUGAUUUUAUUUUCAUGUUUUUGUCUGUAUUCUCCCCACCUCCCCCUCUCAUUUCUAAAUGCCUUGUGUCUUUCCUGAGUGCCUUCGUCUAGCGGCGGCUGAUUGCACUGGGUGUAAUUUUUUUUUGUACGGUAUUUCUUUGCUCAUUUUGAUCACUGAAGAGGUGAAGACAAACAAGGACUGAAGAUUUAUUUCUUGUAGGAGAUGUAUCGGUGCUAUAUUUUACAGUGGGAAAACAGUCUUCAGGAACUGACCUGCCUUGAUGAAAAUACCGAUGUUAGAAAAAAAUGCAUUUGCAGCAUGUAUUUAAAUGGUGACACCGACAUCGUUUUACGUGAGCAUUGGGUUGCGCCCUGCCCAGCUUCCCAUCCCAGGGAAAAUGGUGUCUGUUGGGAAUGGCCUGGUAGUACUUGGAACGUGACAGAAGCUCUGGAAGAUAAGCUAAUGUGCUGCUCCAUUGACUUGCUGUGUACAGAAAAUGUCCAGACUGAUGUUAGGGAAGACUUUGGAAAGAAUAUGCAAAGCAGUGCUCUUGUUGUGUCUUGUGCACUUUCUUAUAAUGAUGAUCUUCUACUUGGACGUCUACACCCAAAGGUUCGACAUAUUCAGCCGCUUUAACACUAGGAAUUACUCUAAAAUGCAUCAGUACUUUAACAUCUCAAAGCCCAAUGGGACCUCACUGACUUUCCUGGGGGGCGAAGAUCACUUUGUGUCAAGCAGGAAGUUGGAAAAUAACCUUACAGUCACUAAGAAGCCUUUACCAAUGUGCCCUGAUGUCCCACAGGGGUUAGUUGGAAGAUUGCUCAUAGAAUUCAACUCCCUGAUGACAAUGGAGAAGGUUCAGCGAGAGAACCCAGAUGUACGAGAGGGUGGCAAAUACAAGCCUUCAGACUGCAUCGCUAAGCAAAGAGUUGCCAUCAUAAUUCCAUUCAGGCACAGGGAACAUCACUUGAAGUUCUGGCUGCAUUACUUACACCCCAUUCUCCGCAGACAGAAGAUCAACUAUGGGAUUUAUAUUAUAAACCAGCACGGUGAAGGCAUGUUUAACCGAGCAAAGUUGCUGAAUAUUGGCUACAUGGAGGUACUGAAGGAUGCAGAGUAUGACUGCUUUGUGUUCAGUGAUGUGGACUUAAUCCCAAUGGAUGACAGAAACCUCUACCACUGUUAUGACCAGCCGCGACAUUUUGCCAUUGCGAUGGACAAAUUUGGAUUCAGGCUACCAUACAGUGGCUACUUUGGUGGGGUGUCAGGACUGAGCAAGGAGCAGUUUUUAAGAAUCAAUGGCUUCCCUAAUGAGUACUGGGGCUGGGGUGGUGAGGACGAUGAUAUUUACAACAGAAUAACACUGAAAGGUAUGAAAGUCUCCCGACCAGACUCCAAGAUUGGAAAAUACCGAAUGAUAAAGCAUGAACGAGAUAAGCACAAUGAACCCAAUCCCCAGAGGUUUACAAAAAUCCAGAACACUAAGGUCACAAUGAAGCAAGAUGGGAUCAACUCCUUGAAAUACAAACUGGUGAAUGUAGCCAAGUACCCGAUGUACACAAACAUCACAGUGGACAUUGGCACGCCGCCACCUCGGCCUUCAAGAGGAUAGCAGGUCACACUGUUCUCAAGCAAAGACAGUUCUGUUGUUUCACUUAGCCUCACAAUGGACAGUCUUUCUGUCUAUCUUUCUCUGUUUUUCUCUUUCUGUCUCUCCAAAGAAUUUUGGUGACUAAAAUUUAAAAAGAAAACUAACAAAGCAUGUGGAGGUGAGCAGAAAGAAAAAGGUCCUCUUGCUCUGAUAAUAUUGCUAAAAUACUGCCUUCUGCAAUUGAGAGAUGUAAACCAGACAAGACCAGGGUGCACUGAUCUGGGAGGAUUUAUUCUUUUUAAGCUCUUUUUGUGUGAAAUCAAGUGGAAAAUGCAGCUCUAUACAAUCUCUUUAGUACUCUUAACAAAACCCUUGGCCUGUUUGAAGAUGGCUUCCUCUAACAAAAGAAACUUAGCCUAUUUGGAUCUGGUUCGCUGGAGGAUCAUUGCCACAGAAUCUUAGGCCAGAUUAUUUUUGUUUUUGGGAAGACCUUACAUUACAAGAUGUGCCUGCAAGGUCAUUAUGGGUCACUAUGGUUUUAACUCUUUGACUGCUGAAUAUUCUUUGCAGCUUUAAGAAUUACUGUAUGCUCAUGUUUUCUACCAUAUAACAUAAGGAGUUUCUUGUAAAUUUCUAAUCUUGAAUGUUACAAAGUUAUUAAAAAAAUAAAGCAUUUAAAGGAAAA